AUGUGGUUAACUAAAUGGUUAACCCUUUUAUUUGUGGUGCAAAUAUUUGGUGAUAUACCCAUUCCUACAGAUUGUCCAUUAAGUUUUGAUGAUUUAUAUCCACAUUGCCCAAAUUGGGAUGAAAGAGAUUUUGAUUUUAUUAUUGUCGGUGGAGGUACCGCCGGAUGUACUCUUGCCAAUAGACUGACAGAGGUUAAAGAAUGGAAUGUUCUUUUGAUAGAAGCAGGUGGUAUACCAUCAAAUUUAUCAGAAAUACCAGGAAUGUAUAUAGCUCUUCAGGGAACCCCAGAAGAUUGGUCCUUCAAAGCCCAAGACCCUAUAACCUCCACAGGUUACAAGAACUCAGUCACUUCAUGGGCCAAAGGUAAAGUCCUCGGAGGUAGCUCUACAAUAAACGCAAUGGUAACAGUCCCAGGUGUACCUGAAGACUAUGACCACUGGGCUGAAUUGGGCAAUGAAGGUUGGGACUGGUCGAAUGUCACUAAAUACUUCGACAAAGUCGAAGAAAUGGUAAAAAUCACCAGAUACAGAAGUAAUUUACCAAUGAGAACAACCCUGGAAACAGCUAUACAAGAAUUAGGUAUAGAUACAACAGGGUCAAGUACUUUUGGUUAUAGAGAUGUCCCAAUACAGGUCAACGAAGGUCAAAGAUAUUCUCAUGCUAAAGCUUAUCUAACCCCAAUCAGGGAUAGAGAAAAUUUAUGUGUGGUUACAGAAAUGCAAGUUAUAGGUAUAUUAUUUGAUGAAGAAAGUAAUAUACAGGGUGUGACAGUAAAUGAUUCCUUUAAUAAUGAAAUUCAGGAAAUCAAAGCAAACAUUGAAGUGAUCCUAUCAGCAGGUGCAAUAAACACACCCCAAAUUUUAAUGUUAUCAGGAAUAGGUCCUGAAGACCAUCUUGAGGAUCUAGACAUACCUACAAAAGUAAACCUACCAGUUGGGAAGAACCUCAUGGACCAUAUGAUCAUCCCUGUUUUCAUUCAAGAAAUAAUUCCUCUUAGAGGACUUGCAACUAGUUUGGAACACCGUAUAAAUGAAUACUGUGAAAAUGGAACCAUUUUGGACACUUUAGGCAUUACAAACUUCCAAGGGUAUCUAAAUACGCAAAACGGAAGUAGAUUAGAUAAUCUUCAACGCCCAAAUGUAGAAAUCAUACACUUUUCAUUCCCACCUCAGGAACCAAUGCUCCCCAUCACUCUAGAUAAAUUUGGAUACCUAGACUACUACAGAACCCAACUUGAAGAAAUCAACCAAGAUAAAUACAUCCAAAUGAUCUUGAUAGAGGUCCUGCAUCCUCAAUCAAGAGGAACCGUAGAACUAUCCACCACAGACCCUUAUACCCAACCUCGAAUAACACCCAACUACCUAUCACAUCCCAGAGAUGUCCAAACCGUCUUAGAAGGAGCGUCCUUCAUAGAAGCCCUUGUAAACACCAACACUCUAAGCAAUUACAGACUAGUAGAUCUAAAAAUACCAGAAUGUGAUCAAUUCAUGUUUGAGAGUCCAGGUUAUUGGACCUGUUACGCUACCACUUUUGCCACUACAAUAUACCAUCCAAGUGGUACCUGCACAAUGGGCAAUGAUUCAAUUACAAGUGUGGUUAAUACAAGAUUACAAGUAUGGGGAGUACCCAAAUUGCGGGUAGUAGACUCCAGUGUAAUCCCAGAAUUAAUCUCAGGACACACAAAUAUCCCUGUGGGGAUGAUUGCUGAGAAAGCAGCAGAUUUCAUCAAAGAAGAUUAUAAUUACCUUGUAUAACCCGGGUGGCAGUAGAUAUAAAAUGGUUACUGACCUGAAACAAACAAUUAAAAAUUAUUUUCAUGUCACGUUUAAAAGUAUGAUAAUAAUAAGCAGGGAAUAAGGUUAUUCUGAUAACAACUUGAUAACGUAUCAAUUAUGAAAAUUAUAAAUGUUAACAACCUGAAAUGAGUUAUUAGUGUGUAAUACAAGUAUGUGGUUUGACAGUUUAUUGGCGUGGCUUUUAGGUGUGCCCUUAAUAACAGACU